GGCGGCUGGGUAAAGACACGCUAUGGCGCUUCCGUGGCCUCUGCUGCUGGAGCUGCUGCUGUAUGGUAGCUGUUUUAUCUGCGGGAUCGUCACAGCCGCCUCUGUUACAAUCUCACAGGGAAGUUUUGAUGGGAAGUGCAUGCUGUAUGGUUCAGUACGUCUGAACUCCUCAUCCAUUGCUGUGCUUUCAUCCAGUUCUCCCUCCCUUUGUUACUUUGUGUCAGCCAUCUCUGUGUGUGUGGCCAUCUUCUGCUUUUCACUCACUCUCUACUGGAUCUACAUCGCCUGUUUUGACGGAGAGGUGAAAAGAGAGAAAUUAUGGAUGAAUAUUACUCUUGGCUUGUCUGGAGUCUUCCUCUUCUUCCUCUUGGUGACGGGAUGCAUCCUGAAAAUCGGCCGAGACAGACUGUGUGACUCAGUGCUUCAUACAGUGAAAAAUAUAACCAGGUGUGAAGAAGGGCAAAAUAAGCCUUGGAUGAGCCCUAUAAAUGGGAGCCAGUUCUACUCCAGACUUCACAGUGCAGAGACAGCAGUAUGGGUGAAUUUCUUCUUUUGGUUGAUCAUAGCAGUUCUGGUCCUGCUCCAGCGUAACAAAGGGUCAGAAAUCCGGACAGUAGGAGAGGACCCAUCAGCGACCCCUUCUGAAACUGAGCCCUUCUUCAACCACCCAGGACAGUCUUAGUGAACAGAGACACAGCUAAUCUAUGUCGCUCCACACUAAAGCAGUCUAUGUGCCGCCUGAACGCACUCACUCACACAUACAUGCAUACACUCACAUUGACAAUCGCACUGCUGGCUAGCAGUUGGCUAGCUGAGCCGAGAGGAUUUUGGCAGCGCCAGUAUACGGUCUUGAUUUUGUUCACUAGCAUUGCCAAGGGUUAGUUGCCAUGGUUACUGAUCUGUGGCUGGCAGCACAGACCUGGCAGGUGAUGGUG